UCACAUCUUUAUCAUAAUUUAAUACCAUGAAAUGUUAAUAUUAGAUAAACUUAAUAUAAAUACAACAAAGUUUAAAACUACGUUUAGGUUUCGAAAUCCAAUAAGAAUAAUAAGUCAAGUUUUAGCCCACCUCUAUUUUAUCGAUUAUUUAAGCCACUUAAAAGUACCUUCACUAGUGCGGCUUAUGUACAUACAGCAAAGACAGAAACCAUGUUCCAUACCCGGGACUUUUUUAAAUGUUUAAAUUUUGUUAAAUCGAAAACAAGAAAAAUAUGUCACAAGCCAACAACUUUCAAGCUGUGUUAUUCAAAAGACGUUACCGAAGGCACACACUUUUAACUUCCUGCCCGGAAAAUAAAAACACAAGGCGAGUCUAGCCGAGUGAAGAACAAGGAUAUUUUUAUCCCGCAACUAAAGACUUUCAAUAUCCUUGGGUUUUAUCGACGGAAUUGCUUACUAAUUAUUAUGGAGUACACACGACAGCCAUGUCCGGUUAGGAUUGUUGAAGAUUGCGGAUGCGGCUAUAUGAUUGGCUCGAUUGGAGGAGCAAUGUUCCAGUACCUGAAGGGAUUCCGAAACUCGCCGUCCGGAGUGGUGCGGGGUCUGUACUACGGAUUGGAAUCGGUCAAAAUUGGAACUCCGGGCAUCGCCGGAAGCUUUGCCCUCUGGGGCGCCACCUUCAGCACCGUGGACUGUGCCCUGUCCCAAAUUCGCCAGCGCGAUGAUUCCUGGAACUCCAUUGUGAGCGGAGCAGUUACGGGGGGUAUUUCAGCAGCUCGGAAAGGGCUUCUGUCGAUGGCCAAUGGUGCCUUCACGGGCUGUUUGGUGUUGGCCAUGCUGGAGGGAGCUGGCGCCGCAGUGGCAACCAUUUAUGCAGACGCCGACCAGUUGGAGCCGCGGCGUCCUCAAUGGGAGCUAGAAGGGAUUAAUUUGCAGCCGACUGGAACCGGUCUUGGUCAGGACUUUGGCUUGGCAGAAUUCGAUCGGGUGUUGGACAAAUGUCGUACUUUCAAGAACCCCAACAAGUCAGUUCAGAACCUGAAACCAUCACUGGUGGAGCUAGUCAAGCUGGCCGAUGUUUUCUAAAACCAUUACUCCUGUUUCCCAUAUUUUUGCGAAAACACUUUUAUCCUUUUUGGUAUCUCUUUUUUCAAAAUUUCCACGUGUUUUUUGGAGUUAUCAUCCAUGAUCCUCAAUUUUCUCAUUAUUUGGAAGUACUUUAAGACUGAUUGUCAUAUUUUGUAAGUCUAACAAUAAAAUUUUUGCCCCAA